AAAACACUGAACUCCAGGUAUUUGCCUUGGCGGUCUGCCUGGGCUACUUCUUCUUCGACAUGGGUUGGUGCAUGUGCUACCGGAGCGAGGGGCCGGUCAUGCUGGCGCAUCACGUCACUAGCAUUCUGGGCAUCCUUCUGUCCCUUCUGAUGGGCGUGUCGGGCUGUGAAACCUGCGGGGUCAUCUUCGGCAGCGAGCUCACCAACCCCUUGCUGCAGACCCGCUGGUUCCUUCGCCAGCUGGACCUGUACGACAGCCUGCUUGGAGACGCCGUGGACCUGCUCUUCAUCUUGCUGUUCGCCACGGUGCGGGUUGGCGUUGGGACUGUAAUGUUUUACUGCGAGCUCACCUCUCCCAGAACUUUGCUGAUCAUGAAGCUCGGCGGUGUGGUUAUGUAUCUGUUAGCGUGGGUCUUCAUGGUGGACAUAGCCAGGUUUGGCUACAAGAAAACUAAGGCUAAAUAUAAGAAGUGGAUGGAGAACCACAAGCUUACAAAUAAAGAAAAACUAGCCGGACAUUCAGACAAGAGUGACUGAGAACAUGGACUCCGAGGCUUUAACUUCAUAUAGUUCAAGAUAUUUUUCUGACACCCUGGGAAAUACAAGUAGACUUAUUUUAUACAUGUAGUCAGGGGUCUCCAACUCCAGCACAUUAAAACUUCUGUCCUGCAUCUUAUUGAUGCAUUGAUCCACCAACAUACGCGAAUCAAAAGUCUGAAGUGGUUUAUUUUCCAUAAAUCAAUAUGAGCCAUUCGAUUGAUUCACCUGUGUUGGAACGUGGAUGCAUCAACAGAUCAAGAAUGGUGUCUUUUUGUGCACCGGAGUAGGAGACUCUGCCAUAGCGGAGACAUGUUAGCCCUGGUAGAGCAGUAUAAAUCCUCAGAGGCUUUGGUGGCUGCAACCCUGUUUUGGUUUAUUUAAGUGAUUUGAAAUGAUGGGACAUGAUACUAAUCUCAUUAAGAAGAUUCAGUUGCUCUAUUUCCACUAACCCUCAGAGAACCGAUCCAUGCUGAGUUCGGACAUUGGUUCCUUAUGACCGUUUACACGUCACGCCAGCACGGUUCCUCGCCUCCUAGUGAUGAUCUAUGGUACUACUGCUCUUUAGAGGUAAACAAACAAAUCAGUUGCCAAACAUAACCUCCUGAAACAAAUUCAGGAGAUUAUGUUUGGUUACAAUUGAGAUAUUUCGUUGUUGGCUGAGAA